UGGGAUUGGUCAAACCAGUCACAAGAUGAUGUGAGGUGGAAAAAAAACGAAAAAACACUGAAAGCGUCCCUACCAUUCAGAACAGCCGCUGCAGCUCCGGGGGAAAUUUUUAACUCCACAACAAUGAGUGAAUCACUGGUAGUGUGUGAAGUGGAUGAAGAUCUGGUUAAAAAGCUGAAGGAGUUUCGUUUCCGGAAGGAGACCAACAAUGCAGCGAUCAUCAUGAAGAUUGAUAAAGACAAGCAGCUGGUUAUUCUGGAGGAAGAGCAUAAGGAUAUUUCUCCUGAUGAUCUAAAGGAUGAGCUGCCAGAGAGACAGCCAAGAUUUAUCGUCUACAGUUAUAAGUACGAACAUGACGACGGGCGUGUGUCUUAUCCCCUCUGCUUCAUCUUCUCCAGCCCCGUAGGUUGCAGACCAGAGCAGCAGAUGAUGUACGCAGGAAGCAAAAACAAGCUGGUGCAGACUGUCGAACUGACCAAGGUGUUUGAGAUCAGAAACACAGAGGACCUCACAGAGGAAUGGCUUAGAGAGAAACUUGGGUUCUUCCGCUAAACCCAUCACCUCCUCCAGGGGUCUGGGAUACGAGGAGAAUCCUGAUUGCACAACUCGUGACAUCUCUUGGAGACAACACACAACAGUUAACCUUUCCCUCCUCCCUGCAUCAGACCUGAUUUAAAUAGUGUUUGCAGUCGUCUGUUUUAGGCCUGCUCGGUGGCGUUUAACGCUCAUUACAACUCAUAAGAUGCCAGAAGGUGCACACAAUUACAAGAGUUUGAAUGCUUCUCUGUGACUGCCAACAUUUCUGGCACUUACUAAACCUCACCGAUCUGGCAGCCUAAAACUGACCAUACUGUUUGAAGCAGGUCUGUUAUUGUCUCCAUACAAUCUCUCCAUAUUUCUCUUACGUGUCUGUUUUGAAUUAACGAGGGCUGCCCCCAUUAGUCAACCAAAGACUCAAGUCAUGAUUAAUUGACACUGACACUCAGUUAUUUGUGCCAGAUACUAUUGUUUACACAGCUACUCCCUGAGCUCUUUGGCUGAUAGUUGCAUAUUAUGAACAGGAAAUCUAAAGGGUGGGAUUACUUUGAGAUAAAGGAUAAGUGUUAUUACUGUGCUAUCACUUUUCUUUCUCAGCCCUCCCUCCUAAAAUACACAUUUAAAUACCGAAAUUAAUAUGACAAACAUAUAAUUGCAAAUUCUACUUGACUAAGAAAGUCUUUGUUUGGGGGGGGCAGCCCUAGAAUUAAUGUUCUCAUUGCUCUUCAAGUGCAGAAAUUGACUACAAUUCAAAAGAAUUCAAACACUUUUUAACAACACUUUCUGUUUCUUCUAGAUGUUUACACUCAGAACCUCCUAAGUUUUACCGUUUUAUGUUCAUUAGAUUUUAAUAAUCUGAGAGAGUCUUUUUUUAAAAUAUUUAGUUAUUUCUGGUGUCUCUAGGGUUAGCUAAGUAUAUACUUUAUAUUCAUUUCAUUUCUUUUAUUGUGAAAGACAAACUUCCUGCCAGAACCUCGGAACAAUCAUAGCUACAAUUCUGUUUUGUUUUACUCCGUCUCUCCUUUAGUCAAGGGCAUUUCAGUUAUAAUUUACAGUAACACUAAUACAUCUAUCUAUAUGAUAUGCGUUGCACCUUCUCCUGUGCACAAGAACACAAGCUGGCAGAAGCCCUUGAGUGGUGCUUAUUUAGCUGCAGAUGUAACCCUGUUAGUCUGUCAUCAGUUUUUUUAAAAUCUCUGUUUAGAGGAGAGAAAAAAAAACAGUGUGAAUUGUGGGUAAUUCGUUUGACCUGCAUGUUAAUUACAAGAAUCCAACACUCCAGGAAAACGAUAUUUUUCCACUGAAACAUUCCAGAUGUGAACAGUUACACACAAAAACCUCUAUCUCUAGCGACCAUGACAGUGAUGAUUACACUGCAUUACACAGGGUGGUAGUUCCCGCCCUCAUUUUAAUCUACUGGGCGACUCUGUUUAAAUGGGUUACUGUGUCUUUAGGGUGAUUGUUAGCUCCUAUCGUGCAUUAUAGCUCUUACUGUUAUUGGUGUUUAUAAAUGUCGUGCUUAAAUCCGUAUGUAAAGCCACGUGAAUUGCUUCAUGGUUGUCGCAGCCUUGAGAAUGACGGCUGCGAUUUCUCCAAACGCCAGAUGUGCCAGAAUUGGCAGGUAAAUGACAGCAUCUGGCCGAUUUACAUUCUCCAUGCAGACGCGGGAUUUGACCGGUGUAGCUUUUUUUUUGAAAGGCUGAUAUUUAUGUAUUGAAUGUGCCAGCAGCUCAUUUUUGUGCCAAUGUCUAAUAUCCUCAGCUCAGCUCAGUCUGUAGUUUUUGUUUACCCAAUUUUUCUUAGCUUUGAGCAUUUUUAAAAUACAUUGUGCUGGAGCACACAGCUCAAACACUUUACAAACGGAUGUAUUUGGCUUUUCAUGCCCCAAAGGGACAGCAUUUUUUCCUGGCUUUUGGUUCCCUGCUGAAUAUUGUCAGUAUUUAAGCCAGUGCAGCACACUACCCAAAGGAUUAGUAGCAGCAUGACCAGCCCCAGAUAGUUAAAGCUGUAUAAGAAUGUACUAUGCAUGUAUUGCAGAUAAUACAGACUGGUUUUAUUGUGAUAAAACAGGAGUAACCUCAGUAGUAAGUGACCCGAGUAGCAGACUUCUUCUUUUUUUUUUUUAUAAUACUACAAAUGUCCACUUUUACUCUGAAUUAUAUUGCUGAAUUAAAGGCCAGAAAUUCUCCAGUUAGUGCAUGAUAUUAAAUUGCUAAGGCUACCAUACCAAGGCCAUGCUGCAAGGCCAAAACCUGUUUUUCUCUGAUGGCGUCUUUGCCCUCAUAAACAACAGAAACUCUCCCAGAGAUCUGGCUCAAAGAUGUUUUCGUACAAUCAAACUGCUCCACGUGCAUCAUUCGUAAGGGCAGGGUUUUAUCCAACAGGAGCAAAGGGGACAUAAGUGUAAUCAACUGUUUUAACCCUGGAGAACCCAUGGGAUCAGAGCCGACCCCAUUGGUUUUCUAGGGAAACCAUGGGGUCAAAUUUGACCCCAUGGGUUCUCCAGGGUUAAUGUCUACUAAUAGCAGAAAAACACAAAUCCACUAGAGUAAUGACCUUUAUAUGACCUGAAAAACCCUUCAGAAAGUCUGUAAAUUCAGGAAUAUGCACAGCUUGAAAUGAACACUGUUUAUUCAGUGCAAUUCAGCUCAACCUUGAAAUGUGCAAUGUACUGGGUUAGAUGUGAAUAUAUUUAUCUUUCUAAAUUCUAAAGACCUCUAAAAUGUGGAGAGCUACUGUAGAAGAAGUGUAUGCUUUAAAGUAAGUAAGCCUUACAGAAGGCUUCCCGAUGCUUUCUGAACAGCUGCACAAAGUGUCUGACAUCGUUUAUUUGCACAUGAACGCUAUAAAAGGUUUGCAUCACAGUCGUCAGGUGUGAUAUCUGAAGUAUGUCCAAACUGACAUUAAUUUCUCUGAAAGGAAGCCUCUGCUGUUAGUAUUUUAAAUGGGAUGUAUAAGAAACUGUCCAUUCAUCGUGUAUCAAACUCAGUCUAAUGUAAGGUCCAGUUAACUAAGAGCCCCCUUUGGUUUUGAGCCAUGUAUCUGGUUAUGUCCUGUGGAUCUCUAACAGCUUUUUAUCUUUAUGUGGUGAACGCAUAUAGUUUUUGGCCUCUAGUGGUUUUUUUGUUUUUUUUUACUUUAACCUGCAAUUGUGUUGUCAGCGCUCGGUGUCCUCUGAUUAAAUGCCUAUUCUAUUUUCUUUCCUUUAUACUAAAAAAAAACCCACCUGAAACGUCUGUCAUAACCAGCUGCCUCGUGGCAUCAGUGAAACUUGAGAUAUUUGUAUUUUCCCAUACUUUAUAAAAGUGUCUUGUCCUGUUGUCCAAAUAAAAUGACAGUGAUGUUUA